CGACAUUUAAUGCUAAAAAUUAAUUUUGGCCAUUCAUCAAUUUUUCAAUGGUGUGAUUUUUUUUUCCUCUUAUUAUUAUUAUCACCAUGAUAUAUUCAGGUAAAUAAAAAUCGACAUAAAAUUUAAAACGUUAAUACCAAAAAAUAUGACGGUGACUGGACCCAAAUAAAGAAAUUUAAAAUUCGUCCGGACUGGACAGGCGCUUUUUCUUCCGCUUUUAUACGUUGUGAAUUAUUUUGGAAUAAAAAAAUGAUUUUUAAAUAGAAGUCUGUUUUGAUUUAAAAUUCACCCGCCCAUCACCGGGUCAUUGUUUUAAAAAUACUUUUUCAACUGCCCGCACACCCGCCGAAUAUUUAAAAUCUUUUAAACAUCCGCCCAUAAACUAAAUACCCGCCCAUUGCAGACCUCGAUAUUGUUUAAUGGAUAACUCGUUUGAAACGCGUCUCGUCCGAGAUGUAUUCACUUUUGGAGUUUGAUCUUUCUAGACUCUACACCCUAAAAUUAUAUCCAUCCCAGAACCUUUCAGUAUCUUCAGAUCUGUUGGGAAACGUCCAGAUGGUAUAAACCAAAUUUCUUGGAAUAGAGUUCAAUUCUUAAUUUAGGAUUAUUCCUGUAUUGAUCCCUUAGCCCCUACAUACAUUUAUACAAACGUAUUUGAUCUCGAAUAGCUAUAGAAUAUAAAUCUAUAUUCUGAAAUAUCCGAAAAGCAUAAUUCAUGCCAAUAAUCUCCUCUAUAUUAGCUACAUUUGCUGGCCGCGUUUUAUCUUUCUUCAAAGAACUCAAUUCACAUAUUCACAAAAAUACCGAUGAAUCCAGAGAAUGUUUUUACCUUGAACAAAGGCUUUCCUUUGGCACACACAAAUCGAAUUACAUCAGCUAAGGAGCCAAAUUAACCUUAAUAGUCCUUUUUACAUAAUAUUAGUUCCUUUUUUUUCAAAUUUUUUUAUGUAUAUAACUAUAAUAUACUAUCAUUUUUAUUUUUAUAUUAUAACAUGUUUUGAUUCUAAAAAUAAUUAAACCGUUCAAUUAAUAAUUUUUUAAUUUAUUUUAAAAGAAUUGUAUACACGAAUGAUUUUGUAUCUUAAAAUUAAAAACCAUUUAAUAAAAAUUGAAAUAUAGUUUAGCACUAAAUAGAAGGAUAAAAACAAUCGGGUCACAAAGUAUAGAGUUCUGAUACAGACCCCGCAAAAUAUUUCGAUGGUUAACAGAUAGGCAAUAUCGGAUGAGUUUUGGUUUUAAAUUUAUUUCUCAACAUUUAAUUGCUUUUCGGAGAAUAAUUGUUCAAAUUUCCCUACUCCAAGACAAAAUUAUUUUCAGAAAAACUCUGAAUAUAUUUCGCAUUUAUAUCAAUGCAGUAUUAUAAUAUUCGAUAAUGCGCAAUAAAUCCAUUGUCAAUUCACCUAGUCACAGCAACAAAACCCAUAAGAAAAAGAAAAAUUUUUUAAAUAAAGUUAAAGAAUCAACAUCGUCUCCUCUUAAAGAACUUAAAAUUGUUAAUGCUAAUGAGGUCAACGCGGAAACGGAAGUUAAAAAAAAUGGCAUUACAAAAAAAUUCUGCGCUGGUAAAAAUAAGGUGCUAUUUCGUAAUACCCACGAUUCAUAUCCUCGCAACAACAUUAUGGGUCAUUAUCCUAAUUCGGCCAUUCCCAACGUAUUACGCAAAGGAGGGCGAAGGCAUAGUUGGACCACCACUGAAUCCAAGAGAAUAAUACACGAUUUCGUCAAAAAAGACUACCUCUCAUACUAUGUCAAGGCAUCGGAUAAUUUUAAUCGUAGCAGAGUGAUACUCAACGUAGGCGGAUCGAAACACGAAGUACUUUGGAAAACGUUAGACAGGCUUCCCCAUACCAGACUGGGUCGUCUUAGGCAUUGCAACACCUUCGAAGAAAUCCUUGAACUUUGCGACGAUUUCGACAAGAAAUCCAACGAAUAUUUUUUUGAUCGACACCCCAGGAGUUUUGGUUCCAUUCUCAAUUUUUAUCGAACCGGGAAGUUGCAUUUGAUAGACGAAAUGUGCAUUUUAUCUUUCAGCGACGAUCUAGACUAUUGGGGUGUUGAUGAGUUGUACCUGGAAUCUUGCUGUCAACAUAGAUACCAUCAAAAAAAGGAGCACGUAUUCGAUGAAAUACGUAAAGAAUCAGAAAGUAUUAAAGAACGCCAAGACGAAUAUUUUGGUAGUAAUGUUUGUUCACCUUAUCAAAAAUGGACAUGGGAUCUCUUAGAAAAACCUGAAUCUUCCAAAGCUGCCCAUAUAUUAGUCAUAAUAUCAAUCGCGUUUAUCGCUCUCUCAACUAUCGCCUUAACAUUGAAUACUAUUCCUAGUCUUCAACAACACGAUGCUAAAGGUCACGUCAAGGACAAUAACGCUUUAGCUAUAGUGGAAGCAAUAUGCAUAUGUUGGUUUACGUUGGAAUACGUUUUACGAUUUUGGGCAUCCCCCAACAAAUGGAAAUUUUUUAAAUCUUGUCUCAAUAUAAUCGAUUUACUAGCUAUCUUACCUUAUUACGUUUCCCUCUUCCUGAUAGAGUCUAACAAAAGUGUCGAACAGUUCCAGGAUGUUAGGAGGAUCGUACAGAUUUUUAGAAUAAUGCGUAUAUUGCGUAUCCUCAAACUCGCUAGGCAUUCUACGGGACUCCAGUCCUUGGGGUUUACCCUGAAAAACAGUUACAAAGAAUUAGGAUUGCUCAUGCUUUUCCUGGCCAUAGGUAUCCUAAUGUUUUCUAGCUUGGCUUAUUUUGCCGAAAAGGACGAGGUAGGAACCAAAUUUAAGAGUAUUCCUGAGACAUUUUGGUGGGCCAGUAUAACCAUGACGACAGUAGGUUAUGGAGAUAUUUAUCCCACUACGGUGCUGGGGAAAAUAGUCGGCAGUAUAUGUUGCAUAUGCGGCGUUCUGGUUAUAGCCCUACCUAUUCCGAUCAUAGUCAACAAUUUUGCUGAAUUUUACAAGAAUCAGUUGCGCAGGGAAAAGGCUUUGAAAAGGAGGGAGGCCUUAGAGAACGCUCGUAAAACUGGUAGUAUUCUAUCAUUCCAUUCCGUGAAUAUGCGAGAAAAUUUGGCAAAAAGUGCCGACUUGAUUGAUGUCAUGGUCGACAGCGACCAUAAUCAUGAACACAAAAACGAUAUUCGUAAAAAUUCCAAUAUCCACAAGGCUUUGACUGACUACCCGGAAAAAUAUAACAAAUCCGAAUUAGAUGUAACCAUAAGUAUAGAAGACAAUAUACAAAAUCUCUCAGACUCAACUUUAUUCUUGAAUCAAUCCAAUCACUCUUCACGAAAUUAUGUUGAUAGUAAGAUGCAAUAUAAUUUUUCUAAUGACAAUGGGAAACUUGAUUUCGUCCCGAUAUUAAAUAAAAAUCCUACGAGGCAUUUAAGUUUUAUUACAAAAAAGUAUUUGGAAAAGCCUAAACAAAAUCAUGCCCUUCCAUAUAGAAAUACCCUUUCGUCACCGUGCGAAUUAAUCCCAUUGCAUAUGAAUGAUGAUUUCAACUUUAAUAUAUAGAUGUAAACUGUGAUAAAUGUAAAAAAAUUUGAAGAAGUGAUGUUACACUCCAAUAUCCCAACACUUAACGAGCAACGGAAGCUAUAUUAAUUCAUCCUUUAUUAAUAUUGGUCUAAAUUGCAAGAAUCUGUGAUGUUGAUAUCAUUAUGUUUAAAAACAAAUAUACUUCUAAUCAUUACCUAUAUUAAAUUAUUAAAUUAAAUCAAUUUUACAUAUUUGGCUAGUGCAAUAAUAUAAUAUGU